CUACAAUCUGACCACUCUAGAUUCCCACGCCAACGCGAUCCUCGCGCCUCUUCAUCUCUCUUCGAUCAAUAUGGCGGCGACUCCCGCCAGGCCAGCAGAUCACCCGCCCAACAGAGCUACGGAUAUGGAGGAUACUCAAGUCCCGGUCCGAAUGGGUAUGCGGACAAACCAGGAUACCAAAGUGCAUCACCGAAUAAGAAGGGCCAUUACUCGGACGCAGUACUCUCGUCACUGGAGUCGCAAAAUGAUGCGGAGGUUGAAGGGAUCAGUGCGAAAGUCAAGAUGCUGAAAGAUAUCACACUCGCCAUUGGAGACGAAAUCCGCGAUACGACGCAUAUGACCGAGCUGAAUGAUUCCUUUGAUAAUACCCGAGUUCGACUGCGGGGGACGAUGAACCGCAUGAUGCGUAUGGCUGACAGCACCGGUGUUGGCUGGCGGGUGUGGCUUGGGUUCUUCUUCGCCGUGUUCCUCUUGUUCUUCUACGUUUGGAUAUUCUGA